UUUUGACUAAAUAAACGCAUCCUGGCGCAUGCGCAAAAGCGCGGAGGGUUUCGAAUCCGAAAACGAACAGAAUUAUAAUGAACACUCAGAACUUGUUAAACCUACGAUAUUGAAGAAUUUGAUCUUUGUGAUAAUAAGAUUUGGAAUGGCAUUUGGCACGAAGCCCGUCAACAAACAGAGCGAUGCUCUGUGGUUCCUCAAAGAGGCUUCAGCAAAGCUCGGCUGGGAUGACCUCUCUGAAGACGUAGUUAUGGACAUUGGAUGUGGCACCGGAAAUGCGAGUACCACCCUUCUCGAACUGUUCCCGAAUGUGAAGAAAAUAAUUGCCAUUGACCUCUAUCCGAAGAUUAUCGAAGAAGCCCAAGCUAAUAAUCCUCACGAAAAGUUGCAAUAUGAAGUCGCUGAUAUCGAGGACAGCUCGAAACUUACGCAAUUUGAGGACAAGAUAACAAAGGCCAUUUCCACUUAUUGCUUCAACACUUUGAGGAGGGUGCAAGAGGCUUUCAAAAAUGUGAGUCGUAUUCUUUCAAUCAAUGGUGAAGCAGCAUUACUUAUAAAGUUAAGAGGACCUUUCGAUAUAUUACUAGAGAGGCUUUAUACCGAAAGCGAAUGGGUUCCUUAUUUGCCUCCAUUUUCGGAUGUCAUUCUGCCACCGCAUAUUCGAAAGAUGGCAUCUGAAGAUUUCGCUUUGGCGGCAUCAAGGGCUGGAUUUAAAGUGAUUGAAUGCAGAGUGAAAGAACACUUGUACUACUUCGAUACAGAAGAGGAAUUCAGAAAUUCCCUUGUUCCGGCCAUUCCUAUUGUCAAAAAGAUGGAUGAGAACGUGGCAGUAAAAUUUAACAACUAUUUGUUCGAAUUCCUGGUCAAGUUACACCCAAAGAAAGUGGAUGGAAAAUUUUGUCUUCCAAAUAAUAUCCUUGUACUCCUUUUAAGAAAAAUUUAGAAAAAACCAGCAGUCGAAAAUUUAAAAUAAUUUAUCGAUGUAAAAGCAUGUAAUUUAACGGUGAACGUAUUGGUUGCCCUAGUAUAUUGUCCAGCACAAGACUGUGAGGGGUUUCGGUACUUGUUGAUUACUACACAUCUUGUAGGAUGUCUUUGUAGGAUGUGAUAGGAUUUAUAAGAUAUCGUUUUCGAAUUUCUUGCACUGCAGUAAUACUGUUUCAGAGUAUUGAACUUAUUUUAAUUGACUACGUGGAUGUAUUUUCAAUUUCAUUUUCUUGCAUAUUAUUUUUUUAAUGUUUAUUUCGUAAAUGCUAAAACUAAUGUUUUCAGCUACGUUUAUUAAAUAUUUAGGAGUUUAAAAUGGAAUCUCUAAAAUUUUAUUCUUGUUUUAACCCACCGUUUGUGUUAUAAUCCAAUUAUAACAAAUUUUAGCAAUGUUAGUAAAUUUUGAUUUGUAUGU